AUGGCGCCCUCCUCUCAGAUCCCCCCUCCUUAUGAGAAGCCCCCCAAGCCCAAUGGUCUGGCGGUGGACAAGCCCAACUUCAUCAUCUUCAUGCCGGACCAGCUCCGCUACGACUCGCUGGGCUGCAACGGGAACAAGACGGUCAAGACGCCCAACAUUGACGGCUUCGCGGCCGAGGGCACGCGGUUCACCAACUGCUUCGUCCAGGCGUCGGUGUGCGCGCAGUCGCGCUGCAGCAUGUUCACGGGCAACUACCCGCACGUGUCGGGCCACCGGUCGCUCGAGAACCUCAUCAAGCCGUGGGAGCCCAACCUGUUCCGCUCGCUGCGGGAGAGGGGCGGGUACCACGUCGCGUGCCUCGCGCCGCGGGGGGACACCUUCGCGCCGGCGGUGACGGAGCUGUCGCUGGACGAGUACGGGUUCCUCGAGACGCCCGAGUUCGUCCCGCGGUUCGCGAGCGGCGGCGCCGGGGCCGAGCCCGAGGACAAGGAGGACAUCUGGAGGCGGCUGUUCUACAAGGGGCUGCGGAACCCGUCCGAGGCGAUGGACUACGACGACGCCGUGGUCAAGGGCGCGCUGAAGUGGCUGGAGCACCCGCCGGCCGACAAGCCGUGGGUGCUGUUCAUGCCGCUGAUCUUCCCGCACUGCCCGUUCCAGGUGGAGGAGCCGUACUUCUCCAUGUACGACCGGAGCCAGAUGAGCAAGCCCACGAACCCGGCCGACAAGACGGGCUAUGAGCCGCGGUAUAUGCAGCUCAACCGCGAGCGGUACGGCACGCACAGGGCGACGCCCGAGAUCUGGGCCGAGGUGAUGGCGACGUACUACGGCAUGAUCUCGCGGCUGGAUGACCAGUUCGGGCGGGUGGUGGAGCGCACCAAGGCGCUGGGCCACUGGGACUCGACGGUGACGCUCUUCUUCACGGACCACGGCGAGUACCUCGGCGACCACGGCAUGAUCGAGAAGUGGCCGUCCGGGGUGUCGGACUCGCUGACGCACGAGCCGCUCCUCGUCGGCGGCGCGGGGCUGCCGCGGGGCGUGGUGUACGACGAGAUGUGCGAGAUGGUGGACCUCGUGCCGACGGUGCUCCAGCUCGCCGGGGUCGGGGAGCACUUCCCGCACUGCGGGGCGUCGCUCGCGUCGGUGCUCGCGUCGGCGGGGCGGGACGGGCGCACGGGGCUGCCGCUGCGGCACAAGGAGUUCGCCUUCACGGAGGGCGGGUUCCUGGCGAGCGAGGAGCCGCUGCUGGAGCAGGCGCCGUACCCGUACGACAUCAAGGCGGCGCUGCAGCACGAGGACACGACGGUGGCGGGCAAGGCCGUGGCGUGCCGCGACAGGCGGUGGACGUUCGUGUACCGGCUGUACGAGCCGGCGGAGCUCUACGACCGCGCGGGGGACCCGGGCGAGCUGCACAACCUGGCCGAGGUCGGCGAGUACGCGGACGUGAGGAGGCGGAUGGAAGGGGUGGUGCUGCGGUGGAUGGUCGCGAGCAGCGACUUCUUGCCGUGGCAGAAGGACCCGCGGUUCCCGGCCGUGGAGAUGGAGAGCGUCGCCGAGCAGUUCCGGAAGAGGGGCGGCGUCUUGGAGGGGGACGGGGUCAAGGGGUGA